ACAGAGUGACAAGCCAAAUGAGCCAAUCAGCAGGCGUUGAGAGGGGGGCGAGAUUAGCACUCCUCUUCCCCCGACGUAGGCGUAACCGGAGAUUUCUUGUCUGAUGUUGCCCUAUCGUGGUUUAUAGAGAUUUUGUUCCAAGAUUUCGGUGCAUCUUUUCGUUUCCGUGCGAGACGCUAGAUAGGAUGCACUUAACUAACUUAAUUAUUGGAGGUUUUAAAGGAGAGAAUAAUGUGGAAAAGAAAAGAGAGGCGAAGCACAACCCAAAGCGGUUGGCAAGGGCUGUGGUUGGAAUGAGGAAGGGUGUGGUUUUCAGUUAGAAUUUGCAUAAAACGGAACCCAUCCAGGCGAUUCCAACUUCGCCCAUUUAUUGGUAGCCCUUGAAGCGGUGCCUCGCCUCUUCCCCCGCCCCCGAGCGGAACCUGCCGGGAGAUGUAGUUUCGAGACCGGUUGCCAUGGCGUCCUCGACAGCCUCGCGUGUCCGACCCCGCCCUUCAGGAGUGACGAGCGACCUGACCAAUGGGAGCGGGGGGCGGGCUCUCUGCGGAAGGACUUGAAGGUGGCGGUGGCGAAGGUGCAGGCCGUUGGGGCGGCUCAGAGGCAGGUCACUAUGAAAGGCUUAUAUUUCCAGCAGAGUUCCACAGAUGAAGAAAUAACAUUUGUAUUUCAAGAAAGGGAAAAUCUUCCGGUUACAGAGGACAACUUUGUGAAACUUCAAGUUAAAGCUUGCGCUCUGAGUCAGAUAAAUACAAAGCUCCUGGCAGAAAUGAAGAUGAAAAAGGAUUUCUUUCCUGUUGGGAGAGAAAUCGCUGGAAUUGUAUUAGAUGUUGGAAGCAAGGUAUCAUUCUUUCAACCAGAUGAUGAAGUAGUUGGAAUUUUGCCUCUGGAUUCUGAAGACCCUGGAUUUUGUGAAGUUGUUAGAGUACAUGAGCAUUACUUGGUUCAUAAACCAGAAAAGGUCACAUGGACAGAAGCAGCAGGAACCAUUCGGGAUGGAGUGCGUGCCUAUACAGCUCUGCAUUAUCUUUCUCAUCUCUCUGCUGGGAAAUCAGUGCUGAUAAUGGAUGGAGCAAGUGCAUUUGGUACCAUAGCUAUUCAGUUAGCACAUCAUAGAGGAGCCAAAGUGAUUUCAACAGCAUGCAGCCUUGAAGAUAAGCAGUGCCUUGAAAGAUUCAGACCUCCCAUAGCCCGAGUGAUUGAUGUAUCUAAUGGGAAAGUUCACGUUGCUGAAAGCUGUUUGGAAGAAACAGGUGGCCUGGGAGUAGAUAUUGUCCUAGAUGCUGGAGUGAGAUUGUAUAGUAAAGAUGAUGAACCAGAUGUAAAAUUACAACUACUACCACAUAAACAUGAUAUCAUCACACUUCUUGGUGUUGGAGGCCAUUGGAUAACAACAGAAGAAAACCUUCAGUUGGAUCCUCCAGAUAGCCAUUGCCUUUUCCUCAAGGGAGCAACGGUAGCUUUCCUGAAUGAUGAAGUUUGGAAUUUGUCAAAUGUACAACAGGGAAAAUAUCUUUGUAUCUUAAAGGAUGUGAUGGAGAAGUUAUCAGCUGGUGUUUUCAGACCUCAGUUGGAUGAACCCAUUCCACUGUAUGAGGCAAAAGUUUCCAUGGAAGCUGUUCAGAAAAAUCAAGGAAGAAAAAAGCAAGUUGUUCAGUUUUAAUUUUCUUCUUUCUCAGACCUCAGUUGGAUGAACAUAUUCCAGUAUUUGAAGCCAGAAUUUUCUUUGGAAAUUGUUGAGAAAUCCAAGGAAGAUAAAAGCAAGUUCCAUUUUUAAGCACGUUUCCCCUGUUAGGACAAGAUGCUCAGUUGACACAUUGAAAAGUAUUUGAAAAAUUGUUGUGUAAAUGAUCAAGAUAAUUCUUUAAUUAACAUCUUAAGGGAAUUUUCUAAAAACCUUUUCAUUGUUUCUAUAUAUUUUGCCCCUGCGAUAAAAUUCCUUCCAUGAAGAAAACCGCCGCUAUCAGCAAAAGCCACACUACUCUAUUGAUAAAGCUGUUGCAGGCCUUUGCUAAACUAUCCAAAUAACGUAUUAAUUUUGUAUCAGCUCCGUUCUCAACACCUUCAUUAACAAGUCUUUGCUGUUAUAAUUUAAGAAUUUGAGUAUAUUUUGAAGUCUUAAAGGACCUAGCCCAUAGCCCUUAA